GUUGUCGUUGAUUGUUUUUCGGCUUUAGGUGACAGAGAUAUGUAUGCUUUAAUGCGUUAGUUUAAUAUGUCGAUUGUUUAGGUUAUCACUGUCUGCUUUAUUUUGAGUAACGUUAGGCCUAUAGCCCUUUACCUCACAUCCAAAUGAGAAGCAGUUUACUAUACGAAGACGGAAUCAAGGCAGUUUCAGUCAUAUCUGACGCGAUGGCCUCACAGAAUAUGGAUCCCGCAGCAGCCUCGUCAACAGCAGCGCUGAAGGGCAGCGAGACGAGCGGAAACGUGUCGAAAGGAUCGGUCACUAAAAGGCUUCAGCAAGAGCUGAUGACACUAAUGAUGUCAGGAGACAAGGGCAUAUCAGCAUUUCCAGAGUCUGACAAUCUCUUCAAAUGGAUUGGCACAAUAGAUGGAGCUCAAGGAACGGUUUAUGAAGGUUUGAGGUACAAACUUUCACUGGAGUUUCCUAGCGGGUAUCCCUACAACGCCCCUCGGGUGAAAUUCAUCACUGCUUGUUUCCACCCAAAUGUCGAUGAGAAUGGUUUUAUCUGCCUAGACAUUUUGAAGGACAAGUGGUCUGCACUAUAUGAUGUUCGCUCCAUACUAUUGUCCAUUCAGAGUUUAUUAGGAGAACCCAACAAUGAUAGUCCAAUGAACUCUGCAGCUGCUGAACUAUGGGAUGACCAAGAAGCCUUCAAAGCCCAUUUGCACGCAACCUACAAGAACUGACCAUGAUCGCACACGUCUGCCUCUUGUUUUAUCUGUGUCUGUUUUCUUGUUCAUAAUAAUGUACAUUUUCUGUAAUGGGUCUGUGUGUAUAUUAUUUCUAUGUUGUAUUAAAACUGCUUGAAUAAAAUGCUGAUUGAAUUGA